UGAUCAGAUUCAUUAAUAUUUUUGUUGAUCGAUCAAAAUUGUUGAACUAAAAAAAAUGAUGAUGAUGAAACAUUUAAUGAGAAUCAUCAGUCCACCAUCAUCGAUUAUCGUUAUAGUUUUUAUAGCCAUUAUAUCAAUAUCAUCAUUAGUUGAAUCAUCACAAUAUCUUUUAUCAAAAAAAUCCGGUUGUUCGGAAAAAGAUCAACGACGUAUUGAUGAAAUUGCAUCAAGAUUUUAUGCACCCGGACCGAAUGCACCAUAUUUCCCAACAAACUAUCAAGAAUUGAGACCAUUUUGUCGUGAAAUACGUAAUGUAUCGAAAACAAUUGAAACAUUUAUGUUGCGUUGUUUUACAAAAGAAGUUGUACAAUAUGCAAAAAUUAUGUUCUAUACGGUUAAUCGUCAGAUGCGUAAUUAUUGUUCAAAACGUACAAAACGUUUAACAAAAUUAUUAAAACUUGCACCAUGUAUUAAUCGUCAUUUAAGAACGGAAACAAUUUGUAUUGAUAAUUGGUUAAGAGAUUUUUCCCGUAUACAGGAUCUAGAAAAUGAUAAAGAUAAAAUUAUACAUGGUUGUUGCCUUACAGCCGAUGUUUAUAUUUGUUUUGAUGAUUUGAUUGAAAAAUAUGAAUGUAGUAGAAAAAAUCGUUUUGAAAUAAUGGAUUUUUUAACAAAUAUUUCAAGCGAUUUACAAACAGUUUGUGGUGAAUAUACACAUCAAACCGAUGCUUGUGAUACAAAAAAACCAAAAUUAAAAUUUCAUGCAAAUUCAACUUCAACGAAUGGCGGAAAAAAUUCAUUGGAUCGUAUUACACGACGGCAGAAUGCAUUACGUUUUAAAACACCAAUGUUUGUUUUGAUUGAUUUAUUGGAUUCAUUUGCUGAUCCGGAUUCAAUUAUUGGAUAAUCACGAAUGAUAAAACUUUAAACUUUUAAUUAAAAAAUUUCUGUUUUUCGAAUCAAAAAAAACCAAAAA